AUGACUGAUACGCAAUCGGGCUGGCAAUACUUGGACUACACCAAUAUAAGUGUAACUGCUGGAGAGCCGUUUGCCAUCACAUGUGAAGCAUCUCGGGCAAGGCCUCCUGUGGUACUGCAAUGGGUGACAACUAAGGGCUUGUCAGCUGUUCAUCACAAUCAGUCGGAUGUCAUCCAAGACGGAUCUUACAUCUCCCGGAGAACUUUGAUAAUCACACCGUCCAGGAACGAUCACGGAAAGAUUCUUAGCUGCAUUACAUCACACCCAGAACAGCAGAAAAAUAUUAGACGAUCAAUUAGUCUGAAUGUUCAUGUUCUGCCGGCCAGUGUGCUGCUCUUUCCGACUGGAGGUAACCAGUCUCAAUCAAUAGUCAUAUACGUUCAAGAAGAUUCACCGACUUCAAUCACUUGUAAAAGCAUCGGGUCAUUUCCAGCAACUGAACUAUCAUUUUGGCUUAUAGUUGAUGCCUUUGAGAGGACUCCGAUCAUUGCAAAUGUCUCGAGGCUGCCAGUUGAUGUCACAAUAUCUAUCCCAUGUGACAUGUUUGAAGGUGCAGAGACCAACAUAACGUGUAAAACUCUUAAUGGAUAUCCUGCUCCUCUCAUCCAUUGGUACGUUGGAUCAAGAAACCUGACAGAUAAUUCAUCGCUGGAGUCUUCAUUGAAUGCAGCUAAUCGAUAUGAUGCUGCAAGCACUCUCACUUUCAUACCGACGAGGUUUGAUCAUAUGAAACGUCUUCUCUGCCAGGCAGUUCAACCUACUAUAACAUCUACUGUGGUGUCCGUGAAGAACAGCAUGGUUCUGAACAUAUCAAACUUCCCAUCUGCAACUACGAUUUCUUUUCAACAACAGACCCUACCAGUCAUCGGAGAAGAUUUUACAAUUGAAUGCAGCUAUUCACCUUCUUCAUAUCCUCGCUCAGUACAGUGGAGACACGAGGACAUCCAGGUUGCUUCUGAAUCGUGCACUUCUACGAGUAGCUGUACAACUACAAUUCCUAAUCCAACAAAGUACAAGUUAAUGGGAGACGACCGCAGCACAUCGCUUACAAUAAUCAAUUUGACGGCUGUUGACAAUGGGAGAUACGCAUGCGAUUUUCUAAACAAAAGUGGAUUAUGGUCGGCUGAUGAGACAAUACAAGUACUAAGUCCAGUUCCACCAUCAAGGGUCUUCGUGUCUGAUACACAAUCCGUCUGGCAAUACUCGAACAACGCCAAUAUAAGUGUAACUUCUGGAGAGCCGUACAACAUCAUCUGUGGUGCAAAUAGGGCAAGGCCUGCUGUAGUACUGGAAUGGCUAAUACCAGAGGACGUGACCGUUGUUCAUCAGGAUCAGUCUGAUGACAUUCGAGACGGAUCUUACAUCUCCCGAAAAACUUUGACAGUUACACCCUCCAGAGAAGAUCAUGGAAAGAUUCUUAUCUGCAUUGCAUCACACCCAGAACUACAGAAAAAUAUUAGACGUUCAGUUAGUCUGAAUGUUCAUGUUCUGCCAACCAGUGUGCUGCUCUUUCCGACUGGAGGUAACGAAUCUCAAUCAACAGUCCUAUACGUUCAAGAAGAUUCACUGACUUCAAUCACUUGUAAAAGCAUCGGGUCAUUCCCAGCAACUGAACUAUCAUUUUGGUUUAUAGUUGAUGCCUUUAAGAGUACUCCGAUCCUUGCAAAUGUUUCGAGGCUGCCAGUUGAUGUCACAAUAUGUAUCCCAGGUGACAUGUUUGAAGGUGCAGAGACCAACAUAACAUGUAGAGCUCUUAUUGGAUACCCUGCUCCUCUCAUCCAUUGGUACAUUGGAUCAAGAAAACUGACAGAUAAUUCAUCGCUGGAGUCUUCAUUGAAUGCAGCUGAUCGAUAUGAUGCUGAAAGCAUUCUCACUAUCAUACCGACGAGGUUUGAUCAUAGGAAACGUCUUCUCUGUCAGGCAGUUCAACCUAAUAUAACAUCUACUGUGGUGUCCGUGAAUAAAAGCAUGGUUCUGAACAUAUCAAGUCAGCAGAGAGGGGCGAUGUCAGUAAUGAAACAAUAAAUUUGGUGGACUAUUCAUAAAUUGUAAUAAUAACAAAUCGUCAACGAAAUGUGGAUGGACGACAACAGUUCAAAUCAACAAUGCCCCAUCG